CUGUUUGGGUUGCUUGAUGCAUCCCGAGUCACAGUCGACGUUGUCCCCUGUCCACAGUGCCGCCAUCGAUGCCGCUUCGUCGGGGCAGACCUUAGAUCAGUUGAUGUUCUCAACUGGGACAACCAAUGCCUCUCCACGCAUGAGCGACUCAAUGCGUAUACAUAUGCCUUCACCGCAUCCGUGACCCCGUUUUCUGCGUUCUUUAUCACGAAUCGUCGCAGUUACGAAGAUUCUGUGAUCGAGUUGCCUUUCUGCUCGGACGAGACCUUCGUACAAACAUGGUUCAUGUUCGUGCAAUUGCAGGUGAUCUCGAGCGAAAUGUGCUGUCCGACGUGUGGACUAUCCCCGAAGAUUGUCAUCUCAGAC